AUGUCUACAAUUAAGGUAAAAUCAUUUAUUUAUCCUUAGAAUUGUAAAAUCAUUUAUGUAUUUGAUAAGGGUUAAAUUAUUGAACAAGGCAAUUAUGGCCAUUUAGUUAGCUUAAAAGGCCACUUUUACAAAUUAGAACAAGGUCUUUUAAAUCAGAAUCAGGAAGAGCCCAUCACUUCCCAUCAGGUUUUAAAUUGA